AAAAAGCGAGAGACCAACCCAUUAACAUUACAUUCGAGACCUUUGUUCCCUUUUCCAGUAGUCUCUCAUCCUUUUCCUCUGCACAUUUUCCUCACUCUCUCUCUCGUUGCCCUUCGCUCAAACUUCCUUUCGAACAAAUGAAAAACUGAAAUAAUAGCCGCUGAUUGAAGAGAUUAGAGGCUUAGUCCUCCGAGUGAUGAGGGUCUGAACCAGUGAAAGGAAAGAAAUGGAGGGUGCAGAGGAGGAGCUGGAGAGGAGGAGCAAGUUCCUCAACGGUUUGAUACAGAAGAAGAAAGCGAUUGAUCAGCAAGAGCAGCAUGACCGCCUGAACGUGCGCGUUAGAGCCUGUGACAUGCCGCUUCCUUUACAGAACUGUGCCUUUCGCUGCGCACGUGACCAACUCGACUCCAUGCCCGGCAAGCUUGACAGUAAACGCCUCGCCCUCGCGCUUAAGAAGGUAGCAAUUACCCGGACAUUCUCAACACGUUAUUUCUUUGGACAAUGGAAUUUGACUCUUCAUAUGGUCCAGCUUGGCACUGCAUCGUAGGAACUAGCUUUGGCUCAUAUGUCACACAUUCCUUAGGGGGCUUCUUGUAUUUUUCAAUCGACAAGGUUUAUAUCCUUCUCUUCAAGACUGCUGUUGAGCCUUUAGAACAUUGACAGCUUUAAACUUGAAUGUAUUCAACUGUGUGUUUUAUGAAAUCAAAUACCUCCACUGUCAAUUUAUAUGUGGAAUGAUAAACUAAAAUUCAUAAACAGCUGUAUUGUC